AUGUCUCGGCCUACAUCAACUUUCCCACCAGGGACAUCCCUUCGCCAGCCAAGCAACCAUAAUGCUCCCCAACAACAGUCACCAGUCCUGGCAGCACGAGUCGUUUCAAAAAGAGCGGAGCUUGAAAACCUCAUGCAGCUUCGAGAUUUGAGUAAUGCAUUGGCAAUGAAGAUGCAGGCCCUGGAAGAUAGGAUAAGUACACUUAAGGAUGGCACUGAAGCUGUUGCUUGUGUCCUGUCAAAUUGGGGGAAUGUCCUACAAGCCAUCAGUAUGGCAUUCACAAAGACAGCAAGUUUAAAUGCCCCUUUCUGUUCUGGAGACAAAAGUGAUACCCCAACAGACUCUUCUCUUCCUGCCACUCUCGUCCGAAUACCUGCUGCAGAGCAAUUAUAA